AUGGCUGAACAAAGCAACCUUCCUUCUUUAGCAUCAGCAACUGAAAACCAAGCUAUGGAAUACAUUAAUAAUCAAGCUCUGCACCAUCAAUAUGGUCUACAAGUCAAGCUGAUGAACACACUUAUGCAAGUGACUGAUGUAGUCACUGACUUAGUGGCCCAUUUCUAUCAAUAUGUUGAAAGAUCCAGAGCUUGGCAACAUGUUACAUACACCAAUUUUGAAGCCAAUUUCUAUAAUGCUCAAAAGAUUACCCUGAAUAUCAAACAACAUCACAUUGAUAUGCAAAAGAUCAAGAAUAGGCUUGUUGCUACAUAA